GGCCGAAGGGCUCCCUCGCCCCCGGUGGUGACGGGUCCUGGAGCCUCCCCAUUCCCGGGGCCGAAGGGCUCCCUCGCCCCCGGUGGUGACGGGUCCUGGAGCCUCCCCAUUCCCGGGGCCGAAGGGCUCCCUCGCCCCCGGUGGUGACGGGUUCGGCGGGAUAAGGGCUGAUGGGCUGGAAGGGCCAAAAUACAGCAGAUGGUUCACAAAGCGUAAGGUGCAAGCUCAGCCGACCAUGGCCACCCAGAUGUUCGAGGGAAAGGGGCAUGCGGCCGUCUACCAGAAAUAUAGGUUUGCACCGGGCAAAGAGCUGCAGCAGACCAUCCUCUCCUACCUGCAGGAAAAGAAAGCAAUCCCCGCGGAGCUGGCGGUGGACGUUGGCUGCGGCUCGGGACAAGGCACCCACUUCCUUGGGCAGCACUUCAAGAAGGUGGUGGGGACGGACAUCAGCGAAGCGCAGGUCCAGGAGGCCAAGGCCACCCCCUGCCUGCCCAACAUCUCCUACGUCGCGUGCCCCGCGGAGGAGCUGCCGUUCCAGGACGGCUCCGUGGACGUGCUGACGGCCUUCACGGCCGCGCACUGGUUUGAUGUGCAGAAGUUCAUGAGGGAGGCCCAGCGCGUGGUGAGGCCGGGCGGCUGCGUGGCCAUCAGCACCUACACCGUGGACAUGAGCCUGCGCUACGGGGACUGCUCCGAAAAGCUCACCAGAGUCUUCAGGGAGUGCUGGGACAAGAUUUUAGAAUACUCCCACAAUAGACUAAAAUAUGUCUUGGACGACUACAAAGAGAUCUUUGAGGCCUUGCCGUUCCCAGACAAGAAGAGAGUCACUGAUAUCUAUGACCAAAUUCCCAUGACUGUUGAGGGUGUUGUUGGUUACAUGGAGUCUGCCUCUCCAUAUCAAACCUUUAAGAAGAAGGACCCUGAAGCUGCAACAUCCCUCCUCCAAGAGACUGAAAAGAGGAUGCUGGAGACAAUGGGAGUUUCCUCUCGUGAGACCCCCGUGGAGUUCUGGGUGAGGCACGUCUGUGUGCUGGGGUGCAAGGGGCGCUGAGAGAGCAAACCCUUCUCCUGAUCUGAUGCUGCAGUGGAAGGAGAAGGUGGAUUGUUCCCUAGAGCCCUGCUUGUAACUGCUCUUACUCCUUGGGAAUAUUGGUGCUGACUUUGCUGAUUGAAAUGUUGGUCUCCUGUGGGAAUCAGAUGGGGUUUUAUGCCCCUCAGGUUCCUGUCCCCCUGGGUCCUGCAGUCUGCCCAGUGCUGCUUCCUCGGCACUGGAAGCGUCCCAUUGUGGACUGCUGGUUCAAUAACACGUGGGGAAGAGAAUCACAGGAACAGCUGAGAAACUCACUGCAUUUCUUACACAAUUAAUAAUAUUAAAAAUCACGCUGAGAAA